AGGCGAGGGAGGGGACGAAGUCCUUGGUUUCUUGUCUUUACGCCACCUACCCUCCUUUUCCGGCCGUCGCCACCAUGGUGAAGACCGUGGGCAGCCUGGUUGAAUUUGAGGCAGAACUGAAAUCUGCUGGUGAGAAGCUUAUAGUAGUUGAUUUCUCUGCCACAUGGUGUGGACCAUGCAAAAUGAUCAAACCCUUUUUCCAUAGUUUGUGUGAGAAGUACGGUGAUGUGGUGUUCAUAGAAAUUGAUGUGGAUGAUGCCCAGGAUGUUGCUUCACACUGUGAUGUGAAGUGCAUGCCAACGUUCCAGUUCUACAAGAAUGGAAAGAAGGUGCAGGAGUUCUCCGGGGCCAAUAAAGAGAAGCUGGAAGAGACCAUUAAAAGUCUAGUCUAAUCUCCAGCCAUGAAGACAUUGAAGCAUGAGUGCUUUGGCUAAAUUACAGCCUGCAACUUUUCUACUUUAAAAAAAAAACCUAAACAAGCUAGCUAGAUUAAAUGGUGCAAACUAUCUUCUUGGUCCAUGUAUAUGAGUACAAUAAAGUAUAAACUCUUCACUUUUGGA